AUGGCGCCAAAGAAGCAUCAAGCCCAGGUCAAGACAUCCGUGCCGACUGAGGAUGAGAUCCUCGUCCCCGAGACCCUGUUGAAGAAGCGCAAGAGCCAGGAAAAGGCGCGUGAGGAGCGUUCCGCUGAGCUCGAAAAGAAAAAGAAGGCCCAGAAGGAGAAGCGUGGAGUCAUCUUCAAGCGCGCGGAAUCCUACGUCAAAGAAUACCGGGAUUCAGAGCGUGAGAAGAUUCGCCUGUCCCGCUUAGCGAAGCAAGAAGGCAACUUCUACGUGCCCGGCGAGCCCAAGCUCGUCUUCGUUGUCCGCAUCAAGGGUAUCAAUAAAAUGGCCCCUAAACCUCGCAAGAUUAUGCAACUCCUGCGUCUCCUUCAGAUCAACAACGGCGUCUUUGUCAAACUCACCAAAGCCACUUCCGAAAUGCUCAAAAUUGUCGAACCUUACAUUGCCUACGGCUACCCCAGCAUCACAACAGUCCGCGACCUCAUCUACAAGCGCGGAUACGGAAAAAUCAACAAGCAGCGGAUCCCUCUGACCAACAAUCAGAUCAUCGAGGAGAAUUUGGGGAAAUUUGGUAUCAUCUGUAUGGAGGAUUUGGUGCAUGAGAUUGUGACUGUGGGGCCGAACUUCAAGCAGGCGAGCAACUUCUUGUGGCCGUUCAAGCUGUCAAAUCCGACGGGUGGGUUUAGGACGAGAAAAUUCAAGCACUUUGUGGAGGGUGGUGAUUUGGGGAAUCGGGAGGAGAAGAUCAAUGCGCUGAUCAAGCAGAUGAACUAG